AUGGCGGCCGGGGGGAUGGCGCGGGCACAGCGCGGGGCUGAGGAGGAGGAGGAGCGCGCCGCCGGGGACAGCUGGGACAGCGGCUCCGGAUCCUACACCGACGACUCGGAUGACCCGGAGCCCGAGUGGACGAGCAGCGUGCGGAGGAACGGCGAGCUGUUCUACGUGGAGCUGAGCGGCAGCGAGGCCGAGAGCAGCCUCCCGGAGGCCCCUGCGGCCGACCACCCGCGCUCCCACGGGGACCAGGCCCGGGGUCCCCGCGGGGCGGCCGGCGACGGAGGGAGGCCCCGCGGGCCCCUGCGACGGUGGGCCGAAAUCUUCCGACCCAAGAGCCCCCGGCCCCACCGCAAAGACGUCCGCGUGGCCGUCGACGUGGGCCCCGGGGCCGCCCCGGGACCCCUGGAGGGGCUGACCCUUGGGGCCGGGGGGCCGGAGGGCGGCGGAGGCCCGCUGGUGGUCCGGGGCCUGCACCCCGGAUGGCCGGCGGGGAAAACCCAGCGGGUCCUGAUCGGGGAUGUUCUCGUCUCCAUAAACGACGUCGACGUCAACUCGGAGAAUUUAGAGCGGAUUCUCUCUCACAUCCCCAGACCGGCACAGGUGAAGCUGACCUUCGAGACGCCCGCCCCGGGGCCCGAGGAGACCAUUCCCGAAAAGAAGCGGGCGGCCCAGCAGUCGGGGCGGUGGGGUUCGGCCAGACUGUUGGGGGGAGAAGAGGAGCCGGACGAAGCGAUCCUCCUCAGGACCCCUCACAUUGUCAUGUACCUCACCCUGCAGCUGGGCUCGGACACGGCGAAAGAAGAGCAAGAAAUCCUCUACUAUUAUCCAGACACUGAAGCGUCUCAGAAACUCAAAAGCGUCAGGGGAAUAUUCCUCACCCUCUCUGACAUGUUGGAAAACGUAACCCAGACCCUCGUUACCAGCUCAUCCCUGAUUUUAAGUGGGAAAUUAGUCCACGUGACCUACUGGAAGGAAUCCGGAAGAUUACUGAUAAUCGGCCUCCCGGACGAAAAAGCUCCUCUUCCUCAGCUGAAGAACAUGAUGAACGCCGUAGUCCAGACCUUGAAGUUUAUGUACGGCUCCUUAGACAGCGCCUUCUGCCCCGAGGAGAACGUCCCGAGCCUGGACCACCUUUUCCACCUGUUCUUCCAGGGAGCCGUCCUCGGCGAUCGUCACCGCGGCCCGGCCCUGCUGAACGACCUGCCGGGAGCCCACUGGCUCCCCUUGCCACAGGAAGUCAAGAUGGAAAUCGACACGGAGCUGAGCGAGCUGGAGGCCGCUGAUUUCGGGGAGCUUUCUGAAGAUUAUUACGACAUGAGACGGCUCUAUAUGAUAUUGGGAUCCGCCCUCUUUUACAAGGGCUACUUGAUAGGCAGCCACCUGCCCCAGGAGGACCUGGUCGCCGUGGCCGGCUACUGUCGUCUGUGGCGGCUCCUCUUGCUGUCGGCGACCCGGAGGAUCAGCCGGCUGGUCAUCUGGAGGGAAAUCUUCCGUCCCCGCCACUUCCCGGACGCCUCCGCCGAAGCUUCCCGGGAGCCCGAGGCCCGCCGCUUCUUGCUCGUCGUCGGCCUGGACCACUUCUUGCUGUGCGUCGUGCUGGAGGCGGGGGGCUGCGGGACCCCCGGGCCCGACCCCGUCUACGUGGACCAGGCCCGAGCCGGCCUGAGGCGGCUGAGACGACUGGCGGACCCUCCCUCGCGCCCCGCCGGCGACGGCCCCGACCCCCGGCAGCGGGAGCUGCCCAAGGGCGGAAAAAAGAAACCCACGCUCCCAAAUCCCUUCCAGCCGGGAAUCCCGAAGAAGGUCCUUCCGGAGAGGGAGACGGAAAUCUCCAGAACGACGAGGCUGACCUCCGGACCCGCGGACACCCUCUUCCAUUACGUUUUGCUGGAAACCACGCAAGGCGUGUUCGUCGCCUCGACGUCGGAAGAGACGCCCCAUCUGGGAAGCGCCGUGACUCCUCAGCUGAUGACAAAUUUUUCCCGGUGCACCAUCUCCAUCCAUUCCCUCUUCCAGGAGUCCCUGAGGCGGCAGAAGGCGGACGCCGUCGACGCCAGGGCCGACGCAGAUGCCACCGGUGCCGGUCCCCGUCUGGACGCGGUGCGGGAGCACGGAGUGUUGUUUGAGUGCCCGCCCCCAGACUGGCCCGAUCCGAAGAAACCGCCCCCCGUCGCGUCCUACUGGGUGGUCGGGAGGCUCCUGAGACACCCCCGCCCUCAAGAACUGUACGUCUGCUUUCACGAGUCGGUGCCCGAAAUUGCCGUCGAGGUGGCUUUUAAGCUCUCCUUCGGGUUGACGCUUUAGACGUCCCUCCUCCCCGGACGUUUCAGCGGCACCGAGGGGCCGGCGCGGACCCCCGAAAGGAGCGGGGUCCGGGGUCCUCCGACCCGCCGAACACGGGCCGACGCGUCGCGGGAGGCUUCAUCUUAGAGCUGGCGGGAAUCGUCCUAAUCGUGUUACAAAAAAGCCCCCCGGUCACCGUAAGAUCCUUUUUUUUAUAAAAGAUUUGGGGUAAAAUCCAAAAAA